GGCCGGGCGGCGAGAUGGGGGGGUCCAGGCCGCCCGUGGGCAUGGCCAUCAAGAUGCUGAUCUCCCCGAAGGAGGGCGCCUGCGUGUUGGGCCCCUCUGGUGCCAGUAGCAAGCAGAUCACCGAUCUUACGGGCGCAAGGCUGCACCUCAGCAGCAAGGGAGAGUACUACCCUGGCACGCAGAUGCAGGAGCUUUGCCUCAAAGGCAGCACGCCUGACGUCGUCGUGCAGGGCGUGAUGCAGGUCAUCUCCAAGCUGGCCGAGGAGACUGGCAGGAUCCACGGCGGGGAGGCGGAGGUGGAGGAGAAUGGAGCCCGGGUCCACUUUGUGGUGCCGGUUCCGCCCGAGACACGGUCACCUAUGAGUCUGGGGACUGAAAGAGACUGAGAGAGCCGAGCCAAGAGCCGCAAGGGCGGAAUUUUGUCUCCACCUUCCGUGAUUCUGUGUGCCGAGCGGGUUUUGACUUGUGACAAGACCAUCAUAGGACAAGAUGCUUCGGCACAGCUUCAUGGUGUUUC